AAUGAAAGUAAAGGGAUGGUAAAUCUUCUAGGUAAGAAAAUCAGAAUAGUGGUAUGUUGUUGAAAAUGGCGAGUGCUGUUCAGCAGGAUCUUUCAGAUGUUGACUGGCUUGUUAUGAGAGCUCGUAGUUUUCCCAAAUCAGAUCCAUAUUCCACAAAAGCCUGGCUAAUUACAGCAAAAUCACUAUACCCGGAAUCAUUUGUAUUUCAGGUAUUUUAAUCUUUAGUUUAGUCUAAGUUUAGCCUCUAUAAGUUUAACUUAAAAUUAUAACAAUUUGACAUUAAUAAUUUUUAAUAUUAUAUUAUAUUAUUAAUGAUUGUUAUAUAGGCUAUUAAUAAAUAACAUUUCUGAUUCAUUAUUCAUUAUAUGAUCAUUAACCUAGGCACUUCAGUAAAGCAAGGGAAACUACUAAAAAUUUUGAAUGGCAUGGGAAAUGGGUGUCUGAGUCUGCGCAGAAGAAUCCGAGCUUUUAAUUUUUGGACAAGGUGUUUUUUCAUUAAUAGGAGUAUUUUGUUAUAAAAUUGUUUUAUCCUUCCACAUUUUCACAAUAAGGGACAUCUUGACCUACAUUCCAACGUAUUGUUUUGCCUUAUUUGAUCGAUCUUAAUAUUGAAUAUUCAUAGUUAAAUAUAAGGCACCUUUCUCUCAAAAUUUCUUUAUGACAUUUCAAGACUAGGUCUUUCAUAUUAAAACUUGAAAAGCAUUGUAUAUUGAUGUAUAUGCAGACCUGUUUACCCUCAAACUCUUAAAAUCGUACAAUAUCAUCACAUAAUCGUUCAAUACAUUCUUUUUAUAGAAAAAAAAGCGUGCAGUAGGGCCUAUAUAUAAUUUAUAAUUUAUACACCUCAAAAUCGUACAUUGUAUGCCAAAAUCGUAAGAGUAAACAGGUCUGUAUAUAUGUACCAAUUCUCAUUGAUGUAGGUCGUGUCCGACGUUUGUUACGCUUGUCUCAGUAACCUGCAUUUACAUAAGGUUGCUCAGCGUAAUUUGGACAUGGCAUGGCCGUGGGCCACGUCCCCUUUUCAAUGGCGGAAGAUGCCGAUACAUUGGAAAUAUUCAAUUACUACAAUUAUUUACAUCAAAGUAUUUGAUAACUUGUGUUUUAGAAUGAUCCUAGAAGUAAUUUGAACAAAUAUGUUUUAAUUUGAGUUUUAAAAACCAGUAGAGUCCAUUCCAUAUUAUAAAUGAUCAUAAUUUACUGUGUGCAAAAUGUUGUCACAGGCAGCCAUUUACGGUCACUUGCAUAAUGGCUAUGCCGUAGUACUAUCUCAGAGUUUCAAUUAUAAGAGUUUGCAGUGUGCAAAAACUACUAAACCACUGGUCAGGGAAAGCUUUAAUUAAUUAGUCAUGUGUCAAAUUUGAAAGUUAAAAAUAAGUAAUCCCUAAAUAGUAUUUUAGUAAUAAGGGGAUGCCUUGCCUUAUAUAAACUAUAUAGUCAUUGUGCAUGACACGAUAGCGUAAUGAGGUCACAAAAUGUUGAGGCUUGUCCUUAGCAAAAAAUACCAAAAGAACUCAUAUUUUAAAAAUUGGUAGCUCAAAAAGUACUAAGGCUAAAAAGUUUAUUCUGGUUUCAAAUUUCAUUUUUUAUUUGAAACUUUCUCUAAAUAACUGUAAUAUUUUAAAAAUUAUUAUUAUUAUUUUUUUUUUUACUUAAGUACCUUAUUAAUCUCUUCUCUUAUUAAUUAUAUAUAUUUUGCUUCUGGUGUGUCCUUCCUUUUCACAACCGGCCCUCCCCUACUCAACAUGUUUUAUAUUAAUAGUACUGAGUGAAGAAAAAAAAAAAGCUGUCGCGCAGCGAUUAUGAUGUGUGAUAGUUGAACUCCAGUAGGACUGGCUGUUUAUUCUUGGUUUGUCAUAGGAAACCCAUAACACUAACACUUUUCUUAUGGACAAAGACUGACACUUCUGAAUUAACAAUAAUAUCACAGUUUUAAAUAGUUUAAAUUCAAUUGAAAAGUGAAUACCGUAGCCAUAGUGUUGUUAUAGUUCUAUAAUAGCUGAGUGUGACUCUGGACAUAUUUGAACAGAUAAGUGUAAACCUUCAAAUCUGAUGUCUGAUGCAUUAUCAUUGCUGCACAGUGCAACAAGAUCAUGGAAUUAAAAUGUUUGAUGAAUUAAGAUAAUUAUCCUACAUUCUCUAAAUUAUAAUUCAUUUAUAGAAUUUGCUUUUUUUUCAGUUUGAAUCAUACCUUGUUGAAAAGACUGGCAAAAAUGUUGAUGAAGCAGCUCGAUACCUCCAAGACAUGUAAUAUUUUAUUAUUAAAAAUUUGCUUUUAAAAAUCUUAUAAUUGAAUUCGUUUUCUACCAUCAAAUUCAUGUUCUUAAAAUCUCAGUCGCUUAUGUUAUUUUCAAAAAUUCUGAAAUGCAGGAUGUGCCAAGUACCCAUGGUACCUGGUGCCAUCUAUGUUCGUAAAACUUUUUCAAGCUCUGUCCUCUUACGCAUGAGUAAAAAUAAUACUCCACUACGAAUACUUUUUCCUCCAUCGAGAGACUCCAUUUCCAACAAAUGCCCAACAUAAGACCACUGGAAACACAUGGUAGCUGGAGCCAUGCACUGUUGGCAAAUGUGUUUGAGAAGUAGGAGAGUUUCAUACUUUAUAUAUAACGUUAUCUUUUAGGGCUAAAUUUGAAUCAGUUUUCUUACUCUAACCUUACCUUAAAAUAAAUCAUUAAAAUGUUUCCAUAAUCAACUGCCUUUUAUUUUAAUUUGAAAUUCAGUUUUCAAAUUUACUCUGUCCUAUUCUAAACACAUUAAAGGAAUAUUAUGUUCAUUACUGUUGAUUUUUUUUUUUUUCUUAACAUUUCUUCUAAAAAGGCUCCAGAAUUUUCCUAAUGAGCCCAGAUUGUGGUCAGAAGUUCACAGCAUCCUUGAAUCUCUUCAGAAAGAAUCUCAGGAUCAAAAAGUUACAUUUCUCACAGGUUGAUAUAAUUUUUUUUAACAAAAAUCAGUUUGACUCUUUAAAGAUUAAUUGUGUAGCUGCAUUUUAAGUUGAUUUGUAUAAUCAUUUUUGAGCACAUUUUGAAAAUACCCUUGGGCUGGUUCUGUGUUGCUAAGUAGCUGUGCUGUGUAGACCCCUGUCAUUUUUUUUUUCAAAUCCAUAUUUUCAAAUCAUACAUUUUUUUUAGAAUAAACAUUGUAAUUAUUUGUAUUGUUAAUUACCUAUUCUCAUUUGCUGGAUUUUGAUAUCUACCUUCUAAUUGAUAUCUACCUUCUAAUCUGCUGCAGAUUGUAAUUUCACUGUAGAGAAUGGGAGUUUUAUUAAUAAUUGUUGCGACUGGAUAUUAUGUUAGAUUACGCGCAGUCUGUUUUGAGAGAUUAAUUACUUAGUGAACACUCUUCCCACACUUGCCUUGGUGACAUAUUUUUAUGCUUAUUAUGACGUAUUGUCUAUUCUGUUGAGUGACGUAAGUUUUAGUCAUGGGGCAGUGGUGAAGGAACUUUGUGGAAGAAGGUUGUGUUUUAUUUCUCUCUGACAGCGAGCUGCACUAUACUUGUGUUUAUGGAAUUUACAGUCUGUGUAUAUCAUUAGUUAUUAAAGUUGCAUUUAUGAUGAAAAAAGUUUUGAGUUGAUUCAGUGCUAGUACGACGUAUUACAAUGUGUACAAGAACUUGAUGAACUAAACAGUCUAGUAUAAACAGGAGCUUGAUAUUCACAGUGACAGUAUGUGACAUCAGAUAAUUGAUUGAAAGUAAGCCAUCUGCAAAUUAAAGCUGGGCUUGAAACAUUUGAUAAAAUUAAUUUAUAUUUCGACUGUCUAAUUUUUUUCUCUGACAUAUACAAUUUUAGAUCUCUUUGCUGCCAUCCCUACAUCAACCCAAUGUGUGAUGCUACUGCGAGUAUCUGAAACCAUUUCAGAUGUCCUUGAAAGAUGUCAGCUGUUGUUGUUAGCCAUGAAGAAGUUUCCAAAUCUUGUAAAAGAACAUGGGGUAUGAUCUUUUAACUGUAAAUUUUCUUAGAGACAAUGUGGAAAAAAAUGACGUUAUAAAUUAAUGUAUUUCGUUACACUAGUAACAAUAAUUAUAUUACACUAAAUAUAUUGCAUCACAUUUAAAAUAGCAGUAAUCAUUGAUCUAUCAUUUAAGUUCCUUGCGGCCAUAAACAAAAAGCCAGUAAUGGUAUUAUUUCAUGAAUCAAACUGCCAUCUACUUGUAAAUUUUGACCCAUGGCCGUCUUGUUUAUUUAGGAUUGUCUUACAUAUUUUUUUUAAGCUUUUUUUUUUUUUUUUAAUUUGCUUGUAGCUCAAACUUGUUGAAAUUUUAGUGACAGAGGAAACUAAUUCUGGGAUUGUUAACAAUCCAGUCAACUGCUACAGAAAACUUUUAGGUAUGAUUGUUUAAAUGUUUGUUAUGUUCUAAUAUUAUUGUGCAAUAGCCCUGUGUUGUCCUAAAACUAUGAGUAAUACAAGUAAUAAUAAACUAAUAACCAAGGGCACACAAAAAGAGCAAUAAUCAUUAUCAAUUGUAACUAUUAAAUAAAUUUAUACUUUUUUUAAAAGAGGUUUUUUUUUCGUAUUCAGUUUCAUUAAUGUAGCUUUUUUUUUUUUUUUCUCACGAUGUCAUAUAUCAAACUAACAGAUCUGGCUGAUAUGAUCUUUAUGUCUUUUAGAUCAAAAUCAUGGCCAUUUUUUCAAAUGUAUAUUUGAAAAAUUAUGUAGAUCUUAUCCAUCUUGAAUUAUUGUCUGUUCUCAGUUUGUGAUGUCAUGCCACUGGUGUUACAGAAGGGUGGCCAUCUUGAAGUAAACAAGUUUCACCUUUACCUUUGGCUGCAGAGAGCCACAGAGUUCUACGUCAGCUAUGUCUCACAGCCACACGCUCUCGAUCCCAAUGCAGAAAAUGGUAAAAAGAAAUUGAUCUAAACAUACUAAUCUGUAAUUUUGUUGCUAAUUUUAUGGUAUGAGUAACUGUGAAAUCCUUCUGUUAUAACUUAUUGUUUUAUAUUUUCUUCUAAGGGAAAUGAGUGAUAAGUCCAAAGAUAGGUUUCUCUCAACAAUAAGUCUUUCGCAUUUUUAAAGAGCACUUUAUUUAACGAAAGGAACAAUGUUAACUUUAAUUCACAGUUCAUAUAAUAUGCUCAAACUAUGAUUACAAAUGUAGCGCAACUCACCAGAGGAAACAAUCACAACCUGUCCACUCAAAGACCAAACUGUAACUGCCAAAACUGUAUGAACACACACAAACACACAACACAAGAGUUGACAAUUAAUACAUCACAGACACUUUAAUUCAUGCCACAAACACAUUAAAUACGUCACACACCUCGUGGAAACAAGGAAUGUUCAACAACGAAUCUAACACUCCAGACGCACCAUACACACACACACGAUUACACAACACAUGAAGGGCAACACUAAAAUGUCAUAAUCCAUACUUGACAGAUUGAGAAAAAAAAUGUAGUGAAUUAUUUUUGUACAAAUCAGACAAUAAUCAGAGAUAUUCAUUGACCAUAAGUUUAAUUUUAAUAUUUAAUUAAAUCGUUUCUUUAAAUUGCUGUUAAAAAUUACUCAUAUUUAAUUUUUAAAAGGUAUUGGUGAAAUUAAUUUUAUUAAAACAAAAAUAAACUUAAUUAAUGUAUUUUUCCCGUCUUAUUCAAAAAGUGGAAAUGAAUCUAAUUUUCACAGAUGGCAAUAAAAGUCGUGGCCUCACAGAAUUGGACAUGCAGGUUGCCGACCCAUGGGGAAGUCUACUUAAACUGUUGCUUUUGAUUGGUCAACACUUGAAGUGGGACAUGGAAAUGGAUCUUGUCAUUAAAACAAAGUAAUAAUUUCCCUUUGCGCAAUCAAGUUAAAACUAUUUAAAAAUAUGCCAAUUUUUGUGUGUUACAUAAUCAGUUUCGAAUCAUGCUUCAAAUAAUUAUGAAACAUUUUUGAAACAUUGUUAGGCCUAGUUUAAAAAAAAAAAAAUUCUUUUUACAUCAUUAACAAUUUUUUUCAAAGAAUGCUUCAUGUUUUUUUAGUUAAUUAAUUUUUUUUAAAUGUUUGCUAAUAUUUUUAUGUACAGAACGGUGAGCCCAGCCCUAUAUAAGACCGCUAAUAAUAAUAAUAAUAAUAAUAAUAAUAAUCAUGCAUAUGAAAUCCAAGUCCUGCUUUAAUUUCUUUUGAAGAGACCACUUUUUAUUAUUCAGAGCAUUGAAGAAAAAAAAUGUGAUGUUAACCCUGGUGGCGUGAAUGAAUGUUGGGAAUAAUUUAAAAAAAAAAAAUUUGCUGAACAUUUGAACAGGGAACAUCAGAUCCAGUCGCUGCAACACCAGUUAAUGCGGGUGAAACUGCACGGGUCAGAAAUUUACAACAAACAGAUCCUACAUACAGCAAUGGUUCUCUUUGUGCAUUCAAUGGUUAACUACGUUAGUUAUGUUGAUGCUGAAUCUUGUAGUUCAGGUUAGUAGUCUUGUCCUGUGUCUAUGUAGUUCUGGUUAGUAGGUUAGUAGUCUUGUCCUGUGUCUAUGUAGUUCAGGUUAGUAACAGUUUUGCCUUGUAGACAAUUUGUUCGGGCUGGAGGGGGGGGGGGAGGGGGGCUCGAAAUUUCAGAUGUUCGGGUGGCCAGUGACCAAUGGCAUACAUAGAGGGCUCUAUCCCCAGGUGGCAUAUACGACCUAUCUCAGUUUUAUCAUUGAAGGAGUUGACAAAAGUCUUGGACCCCAGCCAGGGCGGCAUUUACCCUAGCUACGUCAUUUUGUAGCAUCAAAAUUAGGCGUAACAUCUACCAGGAUCGGCUAUAACUUCGCCUUCUUUGUCAAACAUAAACUAAAAUGUUUGUUUAAUUUUAAGAUAUUCUCUAGGCCCCAGCAAAAUUUAAAAGACAAAAAUUACAUAUUUGUCAGUUCAAGAAAAACAUUUUGAUUACUAACAUCCAGUGUUGUUUUUUUUAUUAAAGGUACCGGCUCUGUAAUUUUGAUUAGAGUAGGUCGGCAGAAAGUGAGGGUGCUGAUGGUACUGAGCGAAGGAAAAAAGGGUGGGGAAAGGGGGGGUCAUCCAUUAAAAAUUUUAUUUUAGGUAAUUUCAAAAUCAAGGGGUGCAGUUUGGUAUAUACCUAACUUAAGUGUUUCUUUCAGAAAAUUUUAUCCAGUGAGGGGAGAUUGGAAAGGGGGAGGGGGGGAGGGAGUUAAUCAGCAUGGAAAUUAGGCUUCUGGAACAGGAUGCCCUACAUAAACUAAAUUCACUGGGGUUGUGGCAGGCCCCAGAGUAUUUUUAGAGCAUAAUGACUAUAUACAAUUAGCACCCUGCCCUAGUUUAAAAAUGGAUUUUUUAUUUUAAAGAAAUAGAAAUUGAAAAUAUGUUGCAGAUGUUUUUUAGUUAGCAAGAACUGAUUUUGAAAAAAGGCCUUUAUAUUAUAGCAAUGGAAAGUUGGUUUAUUUCCAUACUGUUCCGAUUAGGGGACGCACAUUUCCUCAUUAUGUUAGUCUUUUAACUAGGUAUAUGUGAACAACAUCAAAUACAUUGAGUGAAGCAAUUUUUCAUUGGUUCCACCAUUUCUCUCAUUUUAUUAGAUUUAAGGAACUAUUUACAACUCUCUCUUUAAAAAGAAUAAUUUACUGAAGAUAGCAAUCUCGUUGAGUUUUAAAAAAAUUAAAUUUACGUUUUAUUUUUGAACACUUUUUGCUCCUUGGGGGGGGGGGGGGGAAGGAGCAGUUGACUUUCUUUGGGGAAGUUGUAUCUAGAUUUGCUUUAAAAAAUUUCACUGAUUUUGAUUAAAAAAGUUAUAAAAAUUACAAUUGAGUUUUUUUGUUUUUUUUUUUAAAUUAAUUUUCACUUUAACAUUGUACAUAUUUUAAAAAUAAAUUAUUGACAUCUUUUAGAUUUUAAUUUUCAAAUUGAGAGUUUGCCUUAACUAAUUUAAUCAUGUUUCAAGAAUUAAAAAACAUUAAUUAAAGUUUGACUAUUAUUUAACUUAUGUUUUUAAAAUAAUGAUUGUCUUGAUUGCUUCCAUUUGUUUCUAUAGGGUCAUUACAUUUGGUGCCGAUUGUUUUAGUUGAAGGCCUUGCAAGCUCAAUGUCUGCAUCUCCUGUAAAGUGAGUCUCAGUAAUGAGAAGUAAAAGUGACUUUUAAAAUUAGAAUUUAUCUCUUAAUAUCCACACAAACGUCUGUCAGUUUUUAUAUUUCAAAGCAAGACGCAAAAUUCAUGAAUACUCACCCUUGUGAUAUGUAAGCAUUCUAAAUGUUUACUUCCUUCCUAAAAAGCACAACUUUUAAAUGAAAAUAACUUGUUUGAAAUCAAAUAUUAGCCAAAUUUUUAGUUUUGUUUACCGAUCAAUAAAAUGAGUAAAACAGAGUAUGGUUAAACCUGAAAAAUUAAACGCAACAAAACGGCGAACGUGUCGGCAGAAAGCCUUCGUCAGCGAACAAAACAACAGAAAAAACGUUAUAAAAAUAAGAAAUAGCACUUAGCUGGUAAGUAGUAUCUGUGGGCAGCAAUAUAAGUGAUCAAUAGCAAUCUUAACAAAAAUGAACUGCGAUGAAGUUAUUAAGUUUACCGUCUUAUAAUUAUAACCUUAUGUUUUACAGUUCGAUGGGGUAAAAGUUUUUUCUUUUACUCUAUGUGCGAUGUGAAUAUAAAAAAAUCAUUGAUGUACCAUCUACAGCCCAAGAUCUAAGAAGCAAAAGUUGGAUUCUUUGGCCCCCAGUAUCCAGUGCUCACCGAAUAUCACUUCCUCUGUGGCAAUUUUACAGUGUUUUGAGACAGCCGUCAAGUGCUAUGAUAUUCUUAAUUCAACAGAAGACAUGAAAUUAGGUUAAACAUAAUUUGGUUUUUACAAUGGACAAAAGAGACAUUCUUGAUGAAUUUUUUUUUUUUUUUAAGGAAGAUAAAAUAAUUAUUAAAAUUUCAUUUUCGGUUAAAACUAAAAUGUUAUUUAAACCAGUUAGACAACAAAUCAAGCUACAAUAAAUUCAGAAACAUAUAACUUCCAUUAAUUAAAUAUAAAAUUAUUUUAUAACAAUUAUCAAUAGUAAAAAUAAAUUAUGAACUUGUAAAGGAAUGAUGCUUUUAAAUAAAAAAGAUUUUCAGCUUUAAAAAUUGAGAUUUUAAAUAUUAGUUUACAACUUCAUAAACAUUUAUAAACAUAAACUUGAUAAAUAAAUUUGUACAUUACAAUUGGGGUAUGCGAUACCUUAACUUUUUAAAUUUUUAUUUUGAUAUUCAGAAUUUUACAACUUGUGUCAAAAGUGGAGAAAAGAAACACAAACAAUGAAGUCUUACUUUCUGGCUGACAUGGCCAUCUAUCAGGUAGAUACUUUAUCAGUUAUAGCUAUAGAAAGAGAGUUUUCUUUUAUGAUCAUAAAAUUGAUUUUUUAUAUUUUAGCUGCAUUUUGUAAGAUGUUAUACGCACAUCAAAAGAUAUAUUCAGCCAGUAAAGAGAUAAGACUUUGCCCACAGGACUGUUGCAGAUGCAGGGCAUCAAAAGUCUUCUGUCAGUUUGUGGGGCUCGCCAUGUCCAUAUCCAACUCAGUGUUAUUUUUUUUUUAUUAAAAAAAAACAAAACAAGUUCUAAUAAAAUUAAAAACAUUCAUAUGCUUUUUUUAUUCUUUAUUUUGCUUUAACUUUAAGAGAAGGUUAUGAUUUUUUUUUUUUUCUUGGGAUGAGAAUAUGAAAGUUUACAUUACAGGUUUAAAAAACUUACAAUUUGCAUGUUGCUAGUACUGAAAAAAUAUGAAAACCAUAGUUAAAUUUAAAAGUUUCGUUAGCCAGAGGAAAUUGAUUCUAUAUAUAACCGUUCCAUUAAAUGCGGUCAAAAGUAUUAUCAUGCCGUUUUUUUGUGUUUUCAAAUGUUUAAAGAAACAAGAUGAUUGAAUUGCUCACAUUUUAGUAAAUUUUUCCCACUCUAACAGGGCAACUAUGAAGAGGCCCUAGCCCAAUUAUCUCAACUCCCUGCCACAACUAAUCCCAAGAUGAAGGUAAAUGAUAGAUUUGUAGGCACAGAGGCAGGAGAGCCAUGGAAAUGAUGAAAGAGAGGUUAUCAAUGACAUAAAAAAAUGAUAUAAUGAACUAAAUCCUUUUUUUGUUGCCUAAAGUGGCCUGUUAUGUGCAUUUUUAAUUAAUUUUUGUGCCCUAGUCAAGGGUAUAUAUGAACAUUUUCAUUUUUUAAAAAAAGAUUUAACUAACCGUUCAGAAAUUUAAAUGUAAUGUCUUUAAAACAGGCAUGCACAACAUACGGCCCGCCAGCACCCUCUUUGCGGCCCACGAAGUUACAAAAUAUCUUUUAUUCUUCUUAUUUUCUGAAUAAGUUUCCCCCGUCCUAUUUUCGUUUGGCCCGUACAAGUUUUUCAUAAAGGAUUUAGGCCCGCCUUACAUUUUGAGUUGUGCAGCCCUGCUUUAAAAGAUUACACUGUUGACUAUCAGUAUGGUUCUCAUCUUCAUUUUGGAUACAAAUAAUGACCACAUUGUUACAAAAAAAUUAUAAUUUUUUUUGCCUGGGCUAUAGAUAAAUUAUCUUUUUUUGCCUUCCUAUAAAAUGGUUAGAUUUGAAGCAUAAAUGGUCAUAUUUAAGAAAAUGCUUUUUUUCUGUUGCAUUUAAGCUCGGAUUUAACUUCUUUCAGAUGAGGCAUAGCCUUCAGUUGGCUGGCUGCUACUUCUUUCUAAAACAGUAUCUGGUAAGUCAUUGGCAUCUCCUCAUAACAUUCAAUCAAACUUGAUUGCAAUCAAAAACAUGCCAUUAAUUUUAUCAAUUGAUGUGGAGCAAUGAAAUAUUCUUGUCUCAGACAUUUAAAAAUUUUUAUUUGCAUGUCAUAAAGUAGAAAACCCACACGCUGCAGAAUUUUAAAAUAUUAUAUUUUUUCAAUGUUUGUUAGAAAGCCUGUGAACUGGUGGUAGAUUUGAUCGAAACAAUUCCUUGUGGGUCAUCAAUCUCCUCACUCUGGAGUGCAUGUGAUGGGACUGAAGACAGAGCCACUAGGAGUCUCCUGCUCCUGCAGUGUGUGGAUGGAGAGAUCCUGCCGUUCUGUCUCCAGUUUUUGAUUGUGGCUCUGAAGGUUUGUCAAAAAUGUUGAUACCAUUCUUUCUAAUGAAUUGCCAAAAAAACAACAAAAAAAACAACUUAAGUCAGUUGAGUCAGUUUAUGAACUGGAAUGAUGGCAUUGCAGUUUUAGACAAAGAGAUCCUAUAUAAAAGUAGGAACAUUUCUAAAUCAAAGAGUUUUGGAAAGUGUGUCUGGUAAAACUGAUGAAUUUUGAAACAUUGGAAUUUAAUAACAUAUUAUGUGUGCAUCAUUGGUGUGCACUAAAGUAAAGAAAAAGAUUUUUGGAGUAUUUUCAUUUAUGGAUGCCAGCAUUGCUUACUGACUAGUAUUAAAGCCGCUGUUCAAACCAUCUGGUUCUAAAACUCAUACGGUAAUAAUUUACAACCUACGCAACAAUAAUUUGACCACUGCUUAUUCCAAUAUUUAAAAAGAAAUUUAAUAGAAAUGUUUGUGUAAAAUUCUUUUCAUCUAAAUGAAAUUAUUGUCAACCUGUGUCUAAUUUAUGUAUCUUGUUGGAUGUGUGAUAUAAUUGUAAAUUUCAUACUAAUCUGUCGUGGAUAUCGUUUUGAAUGUGUGAACCGCUGAUGGGAGACAGCUGAUAUAGUAAAAAUUCUAUAUUCCCUGUGCAUAUAAUACAGAGUAUAGGGACUAACAAAAACUGGCAGUCAGUGUGUUUGACUGGGUCAUGGGACAGCAACAGUUUUGAGAGCUGAACUGCCACGAUAAAAAAAAAUGAAUGUAGAUCAAGAUAAUGUGCAUAAGAUUUUGAAGCGAAAGGAGAUGUUGUGAAUCAUUAGAGGAAUUGCGAUUUAAGUGAAGUGUGUAUCUUAUCUCUGUGAAAUUAUAUAUUUCUUCUGAUGGAUUUUGUGAACGUUGAAAUUAAAAUAGUCAGUGUUUGAACCGUAAUGUCUCGAAUUAUUAUUUAUAACUUAAUAUAACAGUGACACCAUCAUUAUGUAAAUGUACAAUGAGAAGAUACUUGUGAAAAUAUAAUGAAACUUUAUAUAAUUUAUUAUUUUGUGCCAGGAGAAGAUGAUGUCACCACACAGAACAGACUCCACCCUGGCCCACCUCAUCAUACUCCUUCAGUUUGAUUGGCCCAAGCAGGAAGCAUUGUUUUGUGAAGUCAUUGCCACCAUACAGAAACAAGCCAGCUUUACCUACAAUGCUUUUUUCUCUUAUGUUCACCGUAUCCUUAAAUCAUUACGACAAGGGGAAUAAAUAACUUUCUUAACCAAAACAUUUUAACCACCAUUAUCUUUUUAAUAGUUUUUGAUUCAGCACUCCUUGAAAUGCAGGUGAAGAAAACCACAAAUUGUAGUAAAGAAUGAUGAGUUUUUAAAGGCAGAGUGAUGAGAUGAUUGUUUUGGUUGAAACUCUUCUUCGACAGGCCAAAAGAAUAUUUUGUAUUACUAUUCCUAUAACUGAGCAAAAAAAAAAUAAAUUAAAAAAAAAAAUUGUUGAGAAAAAAACAAAUUAGUUGAGAAGAAAAAAUACCAACCUCUGAAAUAAAGGUGAGUCACAAACACAAAAUAGCAGGUAAUACUUUGUAUCAACAUUGAUUCAAACUUCAGCUCCAGCUGUGAAUAGCCAUAAUUUUUAUGAAUUGGACUUAUACAACUGUAUUUAAAAUAUGUGAGAAACUUCAUUUCAUUGUUUUUUUAUCUUGAUUUCUGCUUUCUCUGCUUGAUUAUCAUGUUUCUUAUAACUCUCUUGAGCUUCUUGAAUGCAAACCAAUCCCUUUUUUAUUACCUAAAAAAAUAAACAUCAAAUGGGCUACGUCACCUAGUAUCAAGACAAUGAUGACAUUUUAUCAUUCUUUCGUUCUUUUUAAAUUUAAGAUAAGCCUGUUCUUUAUCAAUACUAAUCUUGUAAAGGGCAUUUUAAUUGAAAUACGCACUGCUAUGUUACAAUAUUAUGAUCAAUGAUCCUUAACUCCAGCAACAGAGGUAGAUAUUUUGGAAGAGUUUGCUUUCUUGGAUACACCUGAAGGUGGCAAAGUUAACCUGGACAUCAUGCCCAACAGCACCAAGGCCUUGGCCCAGUGAGUAGUUGUUUGGGCUUGUUAUGGGAAGGGUUUUUGUUAAAGGGGGGGGGGGGGUAAAAAAAAUGUUAUAAUUAUGUGGGGCUUUUCAAGGGGGAAUUUUCCAAAACAUAACAUUUGUUUUUAACUUUUUAAAUUUUUUUUACAAAAAAGUUCUUCCGAUCUGGAGCAAGGCCUUGGCCCAGUGAGUAGUUGUUUGGGCUUGUUAUGGGAAGGGUUUUUGUUAAAGGGGGGGGGGUAAAAAAAAUGUUAUAAUUAUGUAGUGCUAUUCAAGCGAGCAUAUUCCAAAACAUUACAUUUGAUUUUAACUUGUUAAAUUUUAUUUACAAAAAAUAAUAAUGAAGGACUUUGAUUUUAUGUAUGUUAAUUUAGCAAUCCUCACAUGCAUGAAAGAUGAGUUGAUUUUAUUUUAAAUUUAGACAUGCGUGAAAAGAUGCAUUACCUGUAAUUAACAAAAUAAUAGAAACUCAAAAAUAUAAAGUUUGCUUGCAGACAUUUGAUGGGAUAGUCUAUUUUUUUAUUCACUCAAAUUCAGUCAACUUUAAAUUCACAUAGCACACCACAGGAUAGUUAUUGCCAGUGUUUGCGUAUGGUUUUAAUCUAAAUAAUUACAUUAUUUUUUUUAAUACUAUUUCUUUUAUAGUAAACAGCAAUAUUUUUUAAAUGUCUGUUAAUUAUUUAAACAAUAAAGUAAAGAUUUAAAAUAUUUUAGUGGACAAACUCGGCAGCCUUGAGAAAAUGAGUGCUAUCUAGCUUCACAGAAAGAAAUUAUAACAUUUGUAGGAUUACAAGAAAUUUGAUCGAAAGAAAUUUCAUCGAAGGUAAAUUGAUCGAAAUAAAAUUUGAUAGAACAGAAAUUUGAUUGAAUCUUUUUUUCAGUUCACACAUUAAAAUUUUCAUUAAAUUUCUUUUUGAACGCACUAUACAAUAUAUUAAAACAAAACAAUGCGUUUAAAAAGAAAUUUGAGGCACAAUUUUAACGUAAAAACUGGAGAAAAAAAAGAUUGGACCAAAUUUCCAUUCUAUCAAAUUACCGUCUAUCAAUUUACCGUCGCCGGAAUUUCUUGCGAUCUAAUUUCCGUAUAUGCAUUUGUAGACAUCAAAUGGAUGAUUUAUUAUGUUCUGAAUUACAGACACAUCACUAAUUAAUGGCUCAGUUAAGUUUGAAUGAUUUAUGAUGAAGACUGACUGAUCAAUUAAAAAAAAAAAUUUGUUUUUUAACUUUUCAGACAGAGGACGGUCACAAGGGGAGUUAAUAAAGGUGUGAAAGAGGACUUUAAGGCAACUUUAGAAAAGCAGGUGGGGAGUGUCAUGGAGGCAAGCCAUGUUCUGAUACGUCGGUUUCUGAAGGAAGAGCGAGCGGAGAUUCUGUCUAAUUUUGUGUGAUUCUCUAAACCCAACCCCCCCUCCCCCCACCGCCGAGGAUCAAGGUUUACCUUUCAAACAGUCUGUGUUAUUCCAUGCCAUCUAACAGAACAACGGGAGUGAAGUGAGGCCUGCAUCUCCAACACAACAAGCUAUGGAACAUGUGUAAAAAAACUUGACUGGUAAGAACGGCUUGUUGACUUUGAUUAUAAUUGAGACUUGGCACCUAUCAUGUGAUGACACUGACAUCUGUACUCUUACAUCAGUACUCGGCUACUGUUGUUUUGAUGUGAUACAGCCACAUCUGCAGAACUGUUUGUUUUGUGUGUGACUCUUCAAACAAUCAAUUAUGACAAUUGUUAUCAUUACAAAAAAACCCCCCCAAAAAAACAGAAGUGUGGAGAGUAAAUUCACAUGUAAAACUAUUCAAGAAAUAAUACAACACUCUUAUAAAAGUUUGAAAAGAAUCCAUUUUAUUUUGUUUGUCCAUAGAGCUGCCUUUUAUACACAAGAGUAAGUUUAAUAAAAUGAGCUAAAAUGCUUACCAUCUAACUUUAUGAGUCUAAUUCCAGUACCAUUGAUAGCUACCUUUCAUUUUAUUAGCCCUAGAUGAAGAGAUGAAAUUAGUUUUUUGUUCCACUUAGAUAAUCAAAACUAAAAUAAUAACCAUUUUUAUGCAUGUCCCGUCACAAGUUGGAGUGGCAAGAUAACAAAAUUUUUAAAUACUGUGCACAUUGUAACAACGUAGUAUAAUGCCCUUUAAACCUUAUUUAUUGAUACAUUUGACUUAAAGUGACUUAAAAUUAUAAUGAAUGAGCGGCAUGACUUUGAGAAGAAUUGAUACUUAAUCUUUCUCAAAAGUGCUGCCCUGAACGCUCGGUACAUAUUCCCUGCUCCUGUUGUAACUGGUGGUGGGUUUGGCGGCGUGUUCACUCCCCUGAGAUCGUGUGUCUCUAGCCUCAGACUCAGCAUCUGCUGCUCUGUGGCUCUGCAUCGCUUUUCCCGCGUCCAUCACAUUGGUCAGGCUGCCCACUGGCCGGCCACUGUGCCGCUUUCUCACCAGCCCCACCAUUUGUCUCUCUGCUGCAGAUAGACAAGGACAGUUUAAGUCUAUGAUAUAAUAAUUAAAGGACUUCAUUCAAGCCUAGUAAAUGAAAUGGCAAAAUGUGGAAGCUUGAAUUUGAGGACAUGACAAAAUAGGACGUUUCGGCAUAGAGCCUUCUUCAGCGCACAGGACAAGGGAAAAUAUUACUGUGCUCUGUUCUUUGUGAUAUUUUCAUUAGGAUUUUGAAAAGAUCAAAACAACCCUAGAUAAAACUGGCAUUUCCAUGCCGUCAGCUUGCAGGUACAAAUAACUUAAGACAGAAUUUAUACUUUGCUGGUAACUUAUUUAGUUCAUAAUCUAAGAUCAGGAUCCCCACUUCAGAUCAACAUUGGCUUAUAAAUUAUAUUUCUGUCAAUGCCACACCCCAUAAUGUGUUGCUUGGCUGUUAACAUUACCUAACCGUUUCAAGCUAAAAUAACCAGCCAUGUGCAUAAAUCCUCUUUAACCAGAGAAAUAUAAACUAAGAUAUUUGUAUUUUCGGAGAUGUUGUAGUUGUAACAUGAAAGUAAUAUAGCUUAGCUCCUCCCAACCCAUUAAACUUGGUCAUGGCUAGUGCCCAAGUCUGGAUGCAGUUGGAGAAGUGUAAAGUGGAGGCCAUCCAGCUCAACUGUCAAACACCCAAGUACAGAAUUGUCAAAGAACUCUCUCCUGGGAAAAUCCCCCUGAUUACCUGAUCCAGGCAGCACAGUGGAGGAUUCAAAAUGCCCCAAAAAACUAUGAGUGCUUGGGAUUGAGUUCAUCUGUUUGCAGCAGUCGGACAUUGUUUUUGUCACGUAUCCUUCAUCAUCGGCCACAUCCUGGAUGGAAACAGAACAGUAUAACACCUUCCAUGGGUGUGGCAUUCAAAAGGCCCAAUGAACAGAGUACAAUAUACAAUUAUACAAUUAUAGUGCAUGUCAGUGCUGACAUCAGAAAGUUCUGCAGAAAUCAUAGUAAUGAAUAGGAGAAAAAAAGAUUGAAGUGGAGCUCACAUUAAUAUGGUUUUCUAUUCAAACUCCCUUCAAAUUUGUAUUCAUUUUUAAGCUUGGCAUACCAAGCAGUCACCAACAACUGGAAUCACUUUUAUUUUGAUCACUACUGCCAUGAUGGAUUAUCCCAUUCACUCUCCCAAAUGGGUUUUUAAACAUUUCUGUUUGAAAGCUUUUUUUUUGUGGAAAAUAUUUGUUUCGGGCUAAUAAUAAUAAUUUUAUAAAAAUAUCAAUGGAAGAUCUUGUUUGAUUACAAAUUUAAAUUUUGGAAAAAAAAUUGAUUUGGCUUUUUUUUGUACAGUAUCUUUUGAACAAGCUGUAUUGUCAAUUUUUUAACAUGCCUGCAUGUGAAGAGUCUACCUUGCAAUAAGCUGUUAAUUCGAAUGAGUAUGUGACAUUAUAAUUUUAUCAAUUUAACAUGUGAAAGUUAAAUUAAAUAUUCAACCAAGUGAC